CUUCUCGAUUGCUUCCUGCUUCAAGCAGCGAUCUUCCGGUCUCAUCGCGCAGAUAUCGGAUGGCGCCUCUGGUGGCGAACUCUUCGGUCGUUCAUCCCCAGCAGCUCUGCCUCCCUCCCCGCCUUCGCCGGUGGAGAUUCUCGCUCCCCUCCGCCCGCUGCACCAACUCCGGUGAACCAUUACUGCCAGGCGUUGCGGACCCGUUGGGGAAUUCCACCGAGCGUUCCAAGGGCAAAGGCAGGGUCUUUUUCUUGGACGUUAAUCCCCUGUGCUUUGAUGGAUCCCAGCCCAGUCUUCGUUCCUUCGCUCGAUGGGUCGACCUCUUCUUCUCCCGAGUGAGCCUACGUGAUCCUGUUAUUGCUGUUCUGGACGGUGAAGAAGGGAACGAGUAUAGAAAGCGCUUGUUGCCUUCGUAUAAAGCACACAGGAGCAAAUACCUGAGGAGGUCGAGGAUUUUUGGGAAUGCCCGUCAGGAUUUCCUUAGCACAACGGAGCCACAAAUAGUGGAUGUUCUCCUGAAGUGCAAUGUGCCAGUAAUUAAAGUUCAUGGAUAUGAGGCCGAUGAUGUAAUAGCUACAUUAACGGAUCAAGUUUUACAAAAAGGACUGCGAGUUGUUAUUGGCUCUCCUGAUAAAGAUUUCAAGCAGCUGAUAUCUGAGGAGGUUCAAAUUGUCAUGCCCUUACCUGAUAUUGGUCGAUGGUCAUUCUACACAAUCAAACAUUACAUUGAUCAAUAUAAGUGUGAUCCAAGUUCAGAUUUGAGCCUUCGGUGUUUCAUGGGGGAUGAUGUUGAUGGUGUACCUGGGAUUCAGCAUUUAGUUCCUGGAUUUGGCCGAAAUACAGCAAUCAAACUUCUGAAAAAACAUGGCUCUUUAGAAGAUUUACUUAGCGCAGCUGCAGUAAGAACAGUUGGCAAGCACUAUGCACAAGAUGCUCUCAUUAAGCAUGCUGAUUACCUGAGAACAAAUUACAAGGUUCUCAGCCUGAGAAGGGAUGCUAGUAUUCAGAUUGACGUUGAUUGGUUAUCAGAAAGAAGCACAUUCAACGAUUCAGUGGCAUUGUCAGAUUUCCUCAGAAAGUUGGGGGAAAGACAUGAAAGACAGAAGCUAUAUAAGAGAUGACCAAUUGCAGUGGCUUGUUUCCAAGCCCCAAAUACCGGUGAUAGUUUCGGAUGCCGUUUAACUCAUGAAAGCUGAUAACCUUUGUCAAUCUUCCUUUGAAACUAAGCAGCUCCUGAUGCAUAGGUAUCCUCAUGAUAAGUUCCUAUGGACAGACUUCGAUUGUUCUAACCGGUGGUGGUAGCCUUCUUAGGGUUUCAAGUAGGAAACUCACCAUACAGAGCUCUUCCUAUGCAAAGCUUUGAAGCUGAACCCAAUCUUCCUUGCUAAAGAUCAUAUUUCUUACAAAAUGUUUUUGAGGUAUGUUAUCUCUAUUAUUUUUAAUAUCUAAAAGGUUUAAACAUUAGCGAAUGAUAAUCAAGGUUUCAAAUUUAAUUCGUAGUUGAUAUUGCUAGUCAACGUCUCAGUGCAGUCAUAGUUGGAAUUCAAAUUAUGAAUGCUUGAGAAACUACUCGAGCGUCUUAUCAUUGCAUCAUGACCCGGGUUAAGAUAAAAAACCUCUAACCCCGAGAUGAGAUUAUGGUGCAAUGGUUAGGUGAGACAUAUUACAAUUGAGGAGUUUAAAAACUUGCUGAUCCGUUCGUCAAGACUCAUCUGCGCUUCUAUCUUGAUGAUCGGUGUAAAAUUGGCAGGUGUGAAACUUACAAGUGAAGGAGCAAGACCAACAAGAGCAUGUGCUAAAAUUAUACGGUUGUUACAAAAAAGAGUACUGUUUUUUAAUAUUUCAAAUGCUAAAAUACCCUCAGAAGAGGACCUUGUUUGACCUCAAUGGUGAUUUAUUUAUAAUUUAAGAUGUAGUUUGCUAAAAUUACAACUACUUGA